CGCAUAAGUGGACAUUCUGAAGAAAGUCCAGUAGCUCGUGAGAUAUAUCAUCGUCUUUGCACAAUCUAACGAGACAAGAGAAGAGCAACAGAGAGAGUGAUAAAAUAAAAUCAGAGCGUCACGAUGGCAGUCGCGGAGAUAAAGCGUUUCCUAGACGAGCAGCAACACAAAUGCGAUCGUCUUCUUAACGAAAUCUUCAAGAUUAGCUCGUCCGGCGACUUUGACAACAGCACCGAUAGGUAUCAUCUGUUGAAGAAAUACCAUGGCCUCGCGGGAACGAACGCCAUCAUCAACGAGACCGACAACAGGAUAGAAAUCCCUCCAUGUCCGUCGAUUCUGAAUCUGUUCUGUUGGUCACUCUCAAACAUUCGCGGCACAACCGUUUUAUCUUGUCCGCUGGCCUGGAUCAUAAGAUCUGACGAUCUGACGAGUAACAGCCUGAAGAACCUGACGAUGAGCAGCAGGAUCUGCCUAGCGAACAAUCAGUGGUAUCAGAACUUGAGCGGUACCUCCUCGAGCCUGUGUGCAGCGAGUGACACCUCUUACAUGUCCAAUUACACCCACAAGUAUCCACUAGACCUCGCCAUAGGCUUGAGCAGAUGGUUGCGGAUCAUCAAGAUAAUUUCGUUCGUUGGGUACACUACAUCGCUGAUUACUUUGAUUGCCGCUAUGGUGAUCUUCUCUUUACUUCGGAAACUCUGGAAUCCCAGAAACAGACUGCACAUGCAUCUUUUCGCGUCCUUUAUCAUGAGAGCCUUUAUGGCGCUCCUGAAAUAUUUGAUCUUCAUCGACGGCAUCGGAUUUUCCAAGAACUUUGUCUUUAUUGACGAGAUAAAUGUUUCCAUCAAGGAGACUUGGGUCUGCAAGGUUUUCAUGAGUUUAUGGCAAUACUUCAUCAUGGCGAACUACUCGUGGAUCCUGAUGGAAGGAUUGUAUCUGCACAACCUGAUACUCCUAGCGCUCUGUUCCAAAACCAGCACGAUAACGCUGUACAUUCUAUUGGGUUGGGGUCUCCCUGGCUUGAUAGUAGUGCCAUGGAUCAUAAUACGCGCAACCAUGGAGGACACUUUUUGCUGGACCAUCAACGACAAUUCCUUGUCGUUUCUUAUCAUCAUAAGGAUACCGAUCAUGAUAUCCAUUCUGUUCAAUUUCAUGCUGUUCCUGAACAUCGUCCGCGUGUUGUUCGUGAAGCUGAAAACAUCAGUGCAUCUGCAGCAAAAGAAGAUGCAGUACAAAAGGUGGGCGAAGUCGACCCUGGUCUUGAUCCCACUUUUCGGAGCUCACUAUGCCAUUUUCAUAGAAUUAUCCUACCACGAGAAUCAGCACAUUGAGCUCGUCUGGCUUUUUUUCGAUCAGCUGUCUGCAUCCUUCCAGGGUACCUUCGUGGCUCUGCUUUACUGUCUGCUAAACGGCGAAGUGAGAGCGGAACUACAUCGCAUUUGGAACAUCCGGCGAUCCAAGAGGAGCAUUGAUUCCUUCAACUCCGGGCAUCGAGAAUUAUCGAAGAACCCGAGGAACAAGAUAAAUCGAAAGCGUCACCGAUCGGAGGGUGACAACGUCUCUUAUCCUGCGAGUAUCAGUAUGAGGGAGUUAUCCCUACCGUAGAAGAAAAAAAUCAAUAUAACACACAGACUUCUUCACUUAAAUAUCCCGAGAGAGAUUAUAAGUAAAAUUUAUAUAAAUAUGUAUUAGAGA